CACAGGAGGGCGGCACCACCACCACCACCCGCGACGACGCGGCGCGGCGGCCGAGCCAGCCGGGCUAGGGUUUGGGCUAAGGCGCGCGGGGCCAUGGCGGGGAUACGGUGGCCGCCCGAGGACCCGGAGAUCUUCCCGACCAGGAUGGUCAGCGGCGGCGGGGGCGCGGGAGGAGGCCCGGGGGGGCCCCCGGGCCCCCCCGGCGAGAUGGCCUCCGACGACGACCGGUCGGUGGCGGCGGACUCGUGGUCCAUCAAGAGCGACUACGGGAGCACCCUCGACGACGAGCAGCGGUACGCCGACGCCACCGAGGUUCUCCUCGCCUCCUGCUCCGCCCACGCGGCCGCGUCCACGGCCUCCGUCGCCGCCAACCCCUCCACCGAUUUCAGCUUCGACAAGGAUGUGCCGGACUCCAGCGAAAUGGAGCCACCGAUGCUGGGCCUGCCGAAUUAUCAUCAGGAUGGCUCUUAUGCAGAUUACCUUGCUAAUUUUCAAGAACGAAGCCACGCAGACGACUGGUUUGGCACAGAGAACAUGGAUGUCCUCAUAGGCUGGACAAAAAACUUGUGUUCCGACAAAGAUUUGUGUAGCUGCAGUGUACUCGACAUAGGAACUGGGAGCGGUCGACUACUGCAACAGCUUGCAAAGCAAGGGUUUUCUGAUCUGACUGGGAUUGACCAUAGUGAAGGUGCGAUUGAGGUUGCUCGUAAUCUUGCAAUUCGUGAUGGGUUUGAGCACAUUAAUUUCCUGGUUGAUGACGUGUUAGAGUCAAAGUUGGAGAGGAGAUUUGAACUUGUGAUGGAUGAAGGAACUCUAGACGCGAUUGGGUUGCACCCCGAUGGACCUGUAAAGAGAAUGAUGUAUUGGCAGUCGGUUGCAGGGCUGGUUUCUCCUGGUGGCAUACUGGUUAUCACAUCAUGUAGCAGAACCAAAGAUGAGUUGGUCCAGGAGGCAGAGAACUUCAACCAAAGAAAGCUGGGUGCUAUGGGCCCCGAAGGUGCUCAAGCCAGUGAUGCUGCGGUGUUCAAGUAUCUCGACCAUGUUCAAACUUACCCCAGCGUGGAUAGUUCAUGCAUCACAACCGUUGCUUUCUUGCAUAGCUGAAAUAUAUAUAUGUAUGCUCUUCUUUUUCUCACUAACUCGUGAUCCCAGUGUGUAUCUCCAUUACUGUAGUUUCUCUUCUGGGUUAUAGUCUACUUUGUCAGAUAGAUUAUUCAGUUGUUACGUUGCUUUGUUAUGUCUUGAAUUCUUGAUGGCUGUACUCGUUGAAAGCGUGACAAGCAACUAUUACAUCAUAUAUGCAUAACUUUGUGCU